AUGGCCGCACGCGGGAAGUACUUCAUCCAGGACGAGCUGAAGACCCCGGCCGCACAUCAUGAAUCAUUCGCAAAACUAUGGGAGACGAAGUGGAAGAAGCCCGCCGAAAUGGGCGUCUACCCGUUCAUGUUCGGCACCGCAAAGGACUUUGAGCCCAUAGUCGAAGAGAUGACCCGGCUGGACAUGCGUGAGCCCUACAACUGGGACGACUAUGCCGCCGUCUUCAGGCCGCAGGCUGAGAAGCUGACGCGCAUCGCCGAGGAGGCCGAGGCCGCGGGCGAGCGCGAGAAGGCGUGCGAGUACUACCUGCGCUCGUCGGCCGUGUGGCGCAUCUCGCGCUUCCCGGCGCCGCGGUCGGAGAAGCAGCGGUACGCGUGGGAGCAAGGCAAGAAGGUGUGCCUGAAGGGCCUGCAGCUGCGCGAGCACCCGGUGCAGGAGGUGCUGGUCCCGCACCGGCACGCCGUCGCGGGCGAGGGCAGCCACAUCCCCGUGUACCACAUGCUGCCCGCCGGCGCGUCCAAGGAGAAGCCCGCGCCCGUCGUCGUCAUCAUCACCGGCCUGGACGGCUACCGCACCGAGCUGGCCGUGUGGAUGGAGGGCUGGCGCCAGCAGGGCGUCGGCACCGUCGUCGUCGAGAUCCCGGGGACCGCCGACUCGCCCGUCCUCAAGGAGGACCCAGAGGGCCCGGACCGGCAGUGGUCCAGCUUGCUCGACUGGCUCGACGAGCAGGAGGCCGUUGACCACGACCGGGUCGCCGUCUGGGCCUUCUCCACCGGCGGCUUCUACGCCAUCAGGCUGGCCUACACUCAUCCUCACCGCGUGGCGGGCAUCGUUUCGCUGGGCGGCGGCUGUCAUCACAUGUUCGACAAGGAGUGGCUGGACGAAGUGAACCAUCUCGAAUACCCUUUUGACGAGGCCAACUCGUUGGCCUACAAGUUUGGCUACGGUGAUGAUGUGGAAAAGUUCAAGCAAGAAGCUCACAAGUACUCGCUUUUGAACGAUGGAACGUUGGACAAGCCCGACUGUACUCGCCUGUUGCUGGUCAACGGCACGCACGAUGAGAUCUUCCCGAUAGACGACUACUACGUCGCUCUCCAGCAUGGUCCUCCCAAGGAAGCCAGAUUCGUUCCCGGCAUAAAGCACAUGGGCGAGCCAGAGUCGUUCUUCAUCAUCAUGAACUGGAUUUACAGACUGUUCGGCAUCCAGGGCAACGCCGGGCAGCAACUGUCGACGAUGCCGUUCAAGCCGAAGUACUGA